UGUGUCAUACGUAGUUUGCUUACAAGCUGUCAACUGAAAUUUGAAAGUGCAAUAAAGCAGCAGCCUAUUGUUAACAACAAUCGCCAACUGGUUUGGUGAACACCUGGCUGUGAAUCAAUGGCGCUUCCAACACUUUGGGCAAGUCGUGCUCGGACGCUGGAGCAGCGGAUGGUGCGGCAGCGGGAGCAGGAGGCGCGUUGGCGCCAGCAAUGGGAGAUGACCUCGGGUUAUUUCAAAGAACAGAACGUCCGCAGCAGCAAACAGGCGCAAUGGAGUUGUCGUCAGUCCUACCAACAAAGCAUGAUGGCCUACCAUCGAGAUAAACUUAAGGAGGAGAAGAAGCGCAGCCUUGAGCAGCGCAGAGAGCAGCUGCGGGUCUUACUGCAGGAUGAGCGGGAUCAGCUGGAGGCCGAGCUUAAGGCGAUGAUCCCUGACAGGGGCACGCUGACUAAGCAGCUGCUGGAGAAGGCAGAGGGCCUCAAGUCGGCCAGGGAAGAGCGCAGAAAGAAGUUGGCUCAAGACCUGUUGCAUGAACACUGGAAAAAAAAUGACCCAGAGCUGCGAAAGGUUGAGUCUGCGCUGCACAAAGACCAUGUGGUGGGCCAGUGGCAAACACAGCGGUCAGAGAGAAAAGAGCAAGAGAUGAUAACUCAGGAGGAGGAGAAGCGCUUUGAGAAUGAGUAUGAAAGGAGUCGCCAGGAAGCAUUGGAGAGGAUGAAGCAGGAGGAGGAGAGGAAGAAAGCAGAGGAGAGAGAGUGGGCGGAGGAGCUGCGGAAGCAGAUGGAGGAGCUGAAGCUACGGGAGGAGGAGGCCAGCCAGCUAAAGAAGGAGCAGGAGGCCUUGCAAGCCCAGCACUGGGAGGUGGAGAGGCUGGAGGAAGAGAGGAAGAAGCUGGAAGAGUGCCGGAAGAAGUCUGAACUGCGGCGCUUCCUCACCCGACAGUACCGAGCUCAGCUUAGGAGACGAGCUCAGCAGGUGCAAGAGGAGCUGGAGGCGGACCGCAGGAUCCUGGCAGCGUUGCUGGAAGGGGAGGAGGAGGACAGGAGGCUGGAGAGCGCGCGGAGGGAGAGGGCCGUGGCGGACGCCGCCUGGAUGAAGCGCGUCAUAGAGGAGCAGCUGCAGCUGGAGCGCCAGCGGGAGGCAGAGUUCGACAUCCUCUACAGGGAGGACGCCCAGCGCGUGUGGGAGAAGCGCGAGACGGAGUGGGAAAAGGAGAGGAGGGCCAGGGAGCGGCUCAUGCAGGAGGUGCUGACGGGCCGGCAGCAGCAGCUGGAGCUGAAGAUGCAGGAGAACCGGCAGGCCCAGGAGGAGUCCCUGCGGCGCCGUGAGGAGCUCAUCCAGGAGCUGGAGCUGGAGAGGGAGACGAGGCGAAAAGAGAGGGAGAUGGAGGAGGGGCAGAGGACGGCACGCAUGCAGGAGAACAGGGCACAGGUGGAGGAGCGGCGCAGGCAGCAGUGGGAGGAGGAGCGGAGGAGAGAGGAAGAGGAGGCGGCGGCUCAGGAGGCCCAGAGACUCUACGAGGAGAAGGUCCACCUGGAGACGGAGAGGAUGACUCAGCGGGGUUAUGAGGACAAGGUACAAAACGCCACUUCCAAGUCAGGGCUUCUGGCGCUUAAAAACGCACGCUUCCUCCUCAUUUGGAAUCACUUCCUCUUUUAGAUUCGCAGCAGACCCAGAUCGGCAUGGACGUGAGGACAGGGAGUGGUUGGAGCAACCAUGCUGACACCGCACAACGGCUGACAUGUCUUGUGAAUGUUCACAAUUAGGUCCAAGUACCGUGCGAUAGGUGCCACGUUGAGCUGGAAUUUCAUAUCAAAUUAGUGAAUGUCACGUAGGCCUUCAAGUAGGAGGGUCUGGCCAAAUGCAUCUUUAGGUGAUACAGGGAU